AUGCGGAAGCCGAACUGUACAAGCUCAAUGUCUACGAUACGGGUAACUUCUUUCGUGCACACAAAGACACCCCUCGUAGCCCCCACAUGUUUGGUUCGCUCGUGGUCAUCUUCCCAACUCCUCAUACUGGUGGCCAGCUCGUCCCUCGUCACAACCAUAAGGAGUUUGUUUUUGAUUGUAGCACAAUCUGUCAUUCUGACUGUCCUCCAAACCACUAUUGCGUUCAUUUCGUUCUACUCCGACGUCGAACACGAAGUUCUACCUGUCACUUCCGGUCAUCGCGUCACUUUAACUUACAACCUCCAUUUUCCUGCCCCACUCGAUCCUACUGCCCUUCUCGACUGUCCCGAAUUCCUCCCCAAAGGCGGACUACUCGGAUUCUGGUUAUAUCACUCGUACCCCGUCAAACCCGCAAGAUAUCAAGAGAUCGAUCAUCUUCUCAAACUUCUCAAAGGAGAAGACGAAACCAUUCGUUCAGCGUGUUCAGAGCUCGGGCUUCAUACUUCUAUCAAAACUGUUAUCGAGGACGAGGUCUCCUGUCGCUACGAAUCCUGGAAUGGGUGUGGUCGACUCUUGAUGGAUUACGCCAAAGAUCUGUCUCAAUAUGAAUACUGGGAAGUGAAUGAUUCAUGGAUCUCGUUUUUUCUAACAGAUGAUGAUCCGUCGGCCCAACUGGUACAUCCUUAUAAUGAAACCCCGAAAGUAUUCAGGGAUAGAAAUGGGAAUCCUCCUGGCCGUCUUUCGAAGCCCAUUGCAUGGGUAACGAAUCCGGAGAGGAAGGGUGAUUUGGUGGCUGGGUAUGAUUCGAAUUACAUUUCGUAUGGGAAUGAACCGAGUUGGGGGUACAAGUACAUCAAAUUGACGUUGGUGGAAACUUUUGGACCAUUUGGGAAAAGGGAUAAAUAUGAGGAGUACGAGGACAUCACUGAAACGGACAUGGAAAUCAGCGACUGA